GAAGGCAGGACACGAUCGCGAGUACUACAUUAACGUAGUUGAUCAGUGCGACUCGAUCUAAAAGCAACCAUCUAGGAUCUACCAGUGGUAACCGACCGCUGCAAGCUGGAUUUAUCCGGCAAGUAGAGAAGUGGUUGGUCGAUUGCACGAAUACAGACAUUCGAUAGACGGUGGAGGAAUAAGUACGCACGGUGGUGAUUACCUCAACCGUUUCUCGGACACGUGGAAAGACAUUAACUGACAGAAACAUUGCCGGUAUUCGAUUAUCCUCGCUCCUCCGUUGCGUGUCGCGUGUGUUGAAAGAGUGCACCAAAAAUCGUGCAAAUUGACAAUUACAACCCUUGACGACAACUGUAUCGUUGAUCCUCGAUCAUCGUAAAUCAUUAGCAACGUGGAGCGCGUGGUGGAAAAAUGCACAACGGAUUCGCAAUAACGCGAACGCGAUCCGCGAUAAUCGGAUUGCUGCUGCUGCUGGUAACAGCACACUGUAACGGACUGCAGCAUCAACCUUUCGACUCUUAUGCAAAUGGAGAGGAGUGCGCCUUGAUCCUGGACGCCCGUGGAAGAACCAACGUUUAUGACUAUACCUAUAAUUUACUUCGCGGAUCGUUCCCUACCGCAGGAGGAACUCAAACCUGUAUCACGUUCGACGCCGUAAAUCAUGCUUACGUCGAGGCAAGGAAGCGCAUCAACGUCGCGAGACCAAAGUCGGAGAUGUGGCGACCAGAGGAUCUGGCGACGGUCGGCGAGCUGCUUCUCGACAUUACUACGAAUCUCGCGCAAACGUACGGAUUGACUUACGAGGAAAUUCAAAGGAGUCUACCAUUGAUCGACACUUCGAAGACGCUGAUCCGUGAGGUUUGUCCCGCUUUUCUUAGCAACAUAGAAUGCAGACCGGGCAAGUACCGACGGUUUGAUGGUCUCUGUACGAAUUUAGAGAAUCCAACUUGGGGAGCCACUCUGUCGCCUUUCGCGAGAUUGAUGAGCCCUCAAUUCGCAGACGGCCUAUCGGCGCCAAGGAUAUCCAUAACGGGUCGUAAUCUACCAUUGUCCCGAGUUGUAUCACGCACCAUGCACCCAGACGAAGGUUAUCAUGAUCACGCCGGCACAGUUAUGGUGAUUGCGUGGGGACAAUUCAUGGACCACGAUUACACUUUGACUGCCACGCCUUUAGACUCUCUGAACCGAAACGACCCGGAAGAGUGCUGUGGUCGGCUGCCACACCAAAAGAAUCCCUAUUGCAACGAGAUCCUCAUACCAGAGGACGACUAUUUCUACAGACUGUUCAACGUGCAAUGCAUGGACUUCGUUCGCGCUUUUCCUGCAGUCCGACCUGGUUGCCGCCUCGGUUCCCGAGUACCUUUCAAUCUUCUUACGGGUGUACUGGAUGGUAAUACAGUUUAUGGCAUCACGGAAGCUUUUGCUAGAAAACUUCGAACAGGCUAUGGUGGAUUACUACGAAUGAAUCCAGUCUUUGCAGAGUAUGGUCUUAAAGAUCUAUUACCACUAAAGUUGGAUAUACCGGAUGAAGGAUGUACUCGGCCGAACCGAUCGAUGUAUUGUUUCGAAGCUGGCGAGAUUCGUGUAAACGAACAGUUGGUACUUACCUGCAUGCACACUUUAAUGGCGCGAGAGCAUAACCGGAUUGCUAAAGCAUUGGCCGUCAUAAAUCCGCACUGGGACGAUGAGAUUCUCUUUCAGGAAGCUAGGCGCAUCGUCAUCGCGGAAAUCCAACACGUCACUUAUAACGAGUUCCUCCCCAUAUUACUCGGCAAAGAUGUCAUGGAGAAAUUCGGACUUCUCCUCGAGAAGGAAAAAUACUGGGAUGGAUACGAUCCGAGCAUAAAUCCAAGCGUAAUAGACGCUUUCGCUGCUGCUGCCUUUAGAUUCGGUCACUCGCUAUUGCCCACGGCUGUAGAACGAUGGAGUAAAGCUCAUAAAUUUAUUGCUUCAAAGAGACUCUCAGAUUUGAUAAGACGCCCUUACGAUUUGUAUCGGGCUGGUGUAUUCGACGAAUAUUUGAUGGGCUUGAUGAACCAGGUCGCUCAAGCUAUGGAUGAUUCUAUAACGCAAGAAGUGACAAAUCAUCUCUUCAAAAAAGUUGGAGCAAAAUUCGGAUUGGAUUUGGUAUCCUUUAACAUGCAACGCGGCCGCGAGUUUGGUAUUCCAAGUUAUAUGGAGUUUAGAAAAUACUGCGGCCUUCCUGAUGCCAAUACUUUCGAUGAAUUGUUCGGUUCCAUGCCAAACGAAACUGUCAGGCGAUAUAGCACUAUUUUUGAACAUCCUGCGGACGUCGAUUUAUGGUCGGGCGGCGUAUCCGAAAGACCGCUUCCGGGUAGCAUGCUCGGGCCAACCUUCGCUUGCCUAAUUGCCACACAAUUCAGUCAUUCGCGUCGUGGCGACAGAUUCUGGUACGAGUUGCCGAACCAGCCAUCGUCCUUCACUCUCGAACAACUGAACGAAAUUCGAAAAGCGAAACUCGCCAGAUUGAUUUGUGACAAUACUGAUCUUAUCGAUACGGUACAAAUCUAUCCGAUGGUCCUUCCUGAUCACGAAAUAAAUCCUCGAGUCCCAUGUCGUAGUGGUAUUAUACCCGGCAUCGACUUGUCAAAAUGGGCUGAAUUCCCGGCGACGAGUCACGCCGAGCAAUACGACACCAUAGUGAAAUCUACGCAAGCUGCAUCUGAGAUUAAGCCUACAUUACAGCAUGUAUAUAUCGACAAAUUCAAUCGUAAAUUAAAAUCCAUGAGAAAAAAUACAGCAACCAGUUCAAAAAAGAAAUCGAGCAAACCUUGGUGGAUAUAUCCGUAUUUUGUUGGGUGGAAAAAAUACACUGAACGCUUAAAAAUGCCUCAGAAAUUACUUCAGCAGCAAGAAAAAUUAAAUAAACAAAUUAUGUCACCGACAUUCCAUCUCAUGAAUAAUCAAAAUAAAAAUGUAGAUUUAUCUGAUCCUGAUAUGGAAAUCAUCAAGAUUACAACAGUUGUCGAAACCAUUCGACAGAAACGACAAAAUAGUGCGCAAAUGUUAAAAGCAGCAAAAAGUAUUCAGAAAAUAAUUGGUAACAAACGUUCAAAACGUUCGUCUUACAAAUUGGGGAAUAAUUCGCAGGAUGUUCGACGGGAAAAAACUAUCGUUUCAAAUAAAAAAUCUCGUUAUUCAAAUCCCAAUCAUCAAAAACAACAAAAAAGAACUCUUCCAACGAAAAAACCGCUACGAAAUAAAAAUACAACUGAUCUUAAAACAGCGAAUGAUGUAGCGAUACCAAGUACUGUAUUUUACAAACGUAUUUGGGAAUAUAUUAACGGUACCCGUCCUCAUACCGAUAUUAUCAGUGGUUACAAUUCUUUAGAAAAUAAUUCAACAUGCACUGAUAAAGACGGAGUUGCUGCUUCGCAAUCACAGAAAGAUAAGUCACAAGUAAUGAGUCCCAAUAUUAAACCGGAACGUGAUUUUUAUAAACGCAUCUGGGAUAUAAUCAACGCAACUCAAUCGAUCAAAAACAAAAAGACUCGUUCUAAACGAAAUGCGAGUAUUCCGGAAAGUAACGCGGCUUCAACUCCAUGCAUCCAAGAAGAAACGGUCAAUUACAAAGAAGAUAGGCAGGCGCAAGUGACGAACGAAAAAACACCACUCAAUAUCACGGAUAUAAAAUUGCCAGAAAUAUCCGAUUCUGAUCCUUAUAUAUCGGGCUUUUGGAACGUUGCAAAUAAAAUCCAAUGGCAACCUAACAAGAUUCCAGUUGUGGACCUAGCAAAAUUAAAUAAUAAUCCGAUUUUAUCAUCACUUGUAACCAGCGCUUCUGAAGUGGACGAUUUGAAUAAAUUCUCCGAUAAAGUUAAAAGUGUUGAUUAUUCGUCUUUAGAUAAUUCGACAGAAUACACCAAUGAAAGGCGUAAUUCAUCGCAGGAAAUCAUCUCCGAACCAGGUCCGUCAUAUUCUUCUGAAGAGAGUUUCACUACAUCGUCAUUCUUGCCAACCGAGAAUGCUGUCGAGAAACCCUUGCAAGAAAAGGAUCAAGUGGAACGCACAGAAAAUUCGACUGACACGAUUUUGAAUUAUGAUCCUUCAAAUAUACCCUAUGUGGAAGUACCAGAUUAUUCCGAUCAACAGGAGAAGAGUUUAGAUAAAAACAAUCAGAGCACAACUCCAGCGAGAUAUAAAGAAUAUGAUGAUAGCGAUUACGAUUAUAUUCCUAAACAGCUCUACGACACUGAUGAUUUCUCUUCAAAAUCCCCAAGUGCUAAGAUUAAAGUAGUACAGACUGAAAGUGACGGGCCGGAAACCUCAUUAAACGCAAAUAACUCACGUCCAAGUUGCACAGAAAGUAAAGAUUCUGCCAAAUGCGUUGACAAUUACGAUGUCGAAGACACCAAGUUACACAAUGAUACCGAGGAAGUUACCGAUGACAUUCACCGUUCCGCAGAAGAGGAAAAUGAAAAUUCGGAUUUCGUUGACUUUGAUGAAUAUAAAAAACCAAUCAAUUGGGACGAGUUCUUUAAAAAUGAUCCUAUAUUGGAAAGCGUACGAGCUAUUUUCAGCAAGAAAUACGAUCAUAAAGAAAAUCCUGAUCGCACCGAGACGUCCGAAGAAGUCGAGACGGAUCCAAAAGAACAAUCGCAUAAUUAUUUCACGAAGAACGAAGAUUUCCAUGAUGACAUUUUUAACGAUAGAGACAAGACAAAAGAGGAAACUGAUUCUCACGAGAAAAAAACAGCAAAAGAAAGUGAGAUAAUCAAUAAGGAUUAUUAUCCUUAUGAUGAUAAAGAUUUUUUUAAGCAUAUUUUCGGAAAGGACAGUGAUAAAGAAUCAGAAUAUAAUUAUAAGGAAAAUCUCGAUCGUACCAAGAACUCUAAAGAAAUCGAAACAUAUUCUAUGGAUCCAGAAGAACAUAAGGGAAAUUCUGAUCGUACUGAGGAAUUUGAAGAGAUUAAGACGUAUGCCACGGAUCCAAAAGAACAAUCGCAAAAUUAUUUCGUAAAGAACGAAGAUCAUCAUGAUAAUCACAGAAUUGCUUCCGACGAUACAGAUGAAGCAAACAGUAGAGAAGAAAACACUGACUCUUAUGUUAAGAAAGAAGAGAAACAGAGCGAAGAAAUUGAUGAAAAUCCUGAUCCUUACAACGACAAAGAUUUCUUUAAGAAUAUUUUCGAAAAAGACAACGAUAAAGAAUCAUCUGGUACAGUUGACACGGAAAAAGAAUUCUUAUCUCGUUACUUUACAAAGGAUGUUAUACAUCAAUUGCAAGACAACUCGACAGCCGAAGAAGACAGACAAAGAGAGGAAUCGAGAAACAGAAAAGAUAUUCAUAAAACGUUGUCGAGAAUUUUAGACAAGAAGGAUCGUUUCUCUAGAUUAGAUGAAAAUCUCAACAAAAUGAUUGAAAAAGGUGAAGCAAUACCGAUCAAAUAUAAUAACUUUUGGAGUUUGAAAUACGAAUCGCCUCGUAAAAGAAACAAAGACAAUGAACAAGAAACAGAAGAUUCAAAAGAAGAAGCUUAA